GUAGGCUUAUGUCUACCGACAGCCUAUGAGAGCUGUCAUCAAAUGUCAAAGACAGACAACAUCCAUUCUUUCUUUUUCCGGCUAUCGUAUGGAAUAGUUGUCACACAUUUCCUUCAAGAUGUUUAUGCCCAAAGCUCACCGCGUCGCGAUCUACGAGUACCUCUUCAAGGAGGGAGUACUGGUGGCCCAGAAGGAUUUCUAUGCCCCCAAGCAUCCAGAGCUGGAGAACAUCCCGAACCUGCACGUCAUAAAGACGAUGCAGUCGCUGAAGUCGAAGAACUUCGUGAAGGAGCAGUUCGCCUGGCGUCACUACUACUGGUACCUCACGAAUGAGGGCAUCGAGUAUCUGCGCUCGUACCUGCAUCUGCCCCCGGAGAUUGUCCCGUCGACUCUGAAGCGUGCCGCCCGGACGGAACCACAGCGCGCCCGCGCUGGACAGGCUGGACCCCGUUCCGGAGAUGGACCGAAGGGUGGAGAGGACCGACAGGCUUACCGUCGUACCCAGCAGGCUGGUGGCCCGGACAAGAAGGGCGAUGUUGGCGCCGGAGCCGGAGAUGUUGAAUUCCGUGGAGGAUUCGGUCGUGGAGCGAAGCCACAGUAAAACAUGGAAAACGCUUGUCUGUGUAAAGUUAAUAAUAAACAUAAGAUAUAACAAACAGUAACAA